AUGACCCAACCCAAUGGCUGGUCGAUGACCAGUGAUCCGGAAACGCUUCGACAAGGAACACCCGUGUACCAGAAUGCUCGAAACCAAGCCAAGGAGAAGAGAGAUGAAUUUAUUAGAUUGGCAAAUGAAUCCAAUCAUUUGGCUGAAUUGCACCGUUCCGCCUUAACCAAUAAACGCAACGCCCGACUCAUCGGAUGGCUCCGACAUACUACGUCACAUGACCACCAGACGUUCAUACGGACCGUCGCAACCCCAGUGUUAACCUUUGAGGAAGAAAGAGUCUCUUUUAAUGACACAAAGUACCCAAAAGCAAGGGAAUCAACCAUCUGUGAAGCGGUCAGAUUGCGUAACGGUUACCUUGAACUAGAAAUUCAGGAUGAGUUUUGA